AUGAAUAAAGGAUAUAUUAAGAUUGCUUUGACACUUUUAAGUCUCACAGGAUAUAUGCAAAAUGGAGCAUUUGCAACCGAACAUGCUGAAAAUGUUGCUAAUAAAGCCAACUCCGUCCACCCUGAAUCAGCAUUUGACAAAUACAAAGACAUGGCAUGCUAUAGUAUUUAUGAAAAUUUAGUAGCAAUAGAUCAUGCAAACAAUACUUCAGAACUAUUAAUAAAACUUUCUGAGACUAGUACAGACGAUUAUUCGACCCAUCCCACAGAAAAUGGAGAUAAAAUUAUAUAUUCUAAGAAAAUUGGAAAUAUGGAUAUUGGAAGACUUCAUCUUACGAUCCCAUCUGCCUCUAACUACUAUGACGUAAUAGAGGAACUCUGGGAUUUCAAUGAUACCCAAAAAUACAAUUACAAGUUUAUUAAGGGAAGUCUUGCUCGUGUAUACUCCAAAGAUUUAAUCAUCUUUGAAAAACUUAACAUAGAUCCUAAAUAUGUACCCUUCGUAAAAAAAUAUGUUUUAGCCGCAAAAGUUAAACAUUCAAAUGACACAACUGUAAUUCUUUGUCCUUCAAGAGCUCUAAAUUAUCUCGGUAAAAUUGAUGAUGAACCUAAUAUGAAAGAAAUAUUAGAAAAUACACAAUUAAUCGAAACUGAAAUAGAUCCUGAGGAAGCAUUAAUCAAAUUGGGUACUAACAUAUCCGGAUUUGUAAUUAAAAAAGUGGAAAAUGAUCAAGUUGAUGUUACUUAUAUCAACGCUAUUUAUGAUGAUGGUAAUUCUACAAAGUAUUUCUACGAUAAAAAAGAGAGAUAUCACGCAUAUAUGAAUAUCCUAAGCUUAACACAACGUAUUUGA